AUGACGUCCUCGAUGGUAGAGCCUGCAGUGCAGCAGCUUCUCAGCGAGCACAAGUACUUGGAGAUAAUCGAGACUGGUGAAGGUGAAAAAAAGCGUGUGCGUAUCAAGUGUCAACUGACGCAACACGAGAUGCCGAUGCGCGCUGACAUCAUCGCGACGCACCUCAUGUCCAAGAAAUUCCUGAAAGCCAGGGACUGGUACUGCCACGAUUACUCGCAGUACGAGCCGUACAUUGUACCACACCGGAGACUUCCCAAGAGUUUGUUUUGCAACGUGACGAACACAAUUUUGAAUCGUAUUCCGUCGGAAGUGGAGAAACACGUGCAGGGCAAACGGUACAAGCGGAUGAAAGAGCACGUGAAGAUUACAGUGACCAAAAGCAAGGACGACGAGAUGCAGACCAAUCGGGACUUUGAUGCGGAUGCCUUUGAGUUUGAGCACAGCCAAGUUAUUUACUCGGACGACGAGGACGAGAAACAAGACGAUGGAGAUGACGAACUGGAGGGAGUCGAAGCAAGCAAAAAGCAGCCAGAGGAAGAGGAAGACCACAUGUCUGACUUGUAUCCGGACGAUGAGUCGGAUGAAGAAGAGGUGAAUACAAAGGAUGACAGUGGUGACGAGACAAUGAAGGAGAAGUCGAAUACGAAGCGUCCGACGGAGGAUAGUUCAGUCUCCAAGAAGACCCGACAUCGGACCAAGAAGGCUAAGAAGUCGAACUAA